GACAUGUCUGUGACGUCACUUAAACGGGCGUUUCCCAGCCUGCCUGGAGCUGCUGCUGCUUCUUCGCCGCCAAAUUCAAACAACGGAGGACUCGUCGCGACUUGUACAACAAAGUGUUUAUUUUAAGGAGCAAUAUCACUGAACCAUCUUCACGCAGCGUGGAAAUGUCAUCGUCAUUUUCCGUGAUGGAUGGGGUGGGAAGAGCCAUGGUGGGAGUCUGGCGGGCCCAAACGACCCUGGACGAGUCGGACGGCGCUGAGAGCUCCCCGGAGGCCCCGGACCACUUUCGCAAGCUGCGCUCUUCAUCCUCCCUCAACACGCUACGCAUGUCCCUGCGCAAGCGCCUCCCGCUGCGCGCCGUCCAGGCCAACUCCCUUCCGGAGGAUGCCAGUGGCGAGCCCCCCAAGGGGGAGCCCAAGAGCAGCACCGUCCGCAAACUGACGCGAAGCGCUCGGAACUCCAUCUACGGGGUCUAUCAGAAGUUGCAGAGGAGCAAGGAGUUCUCCCGCGAUCAGUGCUUGGUGGCGACACCGGGGCGCAUCUGCGAAGGGGAGGAGUCCGCCUCGCUGGCGUACCACACCCCGAGACGCACCCCGAGGUCCGCGGCCAAAACGGGACGCACACCGGGCUCCAGAGGGAGGAGGACCCCCGACACCGCCGCCCUCGGGGUGAAGCACGGAAGAGGGCGGAGGCAGCUGGUUCGCAUGGCAGCGCUGCGAAGCCCCUUUGCUUCUCCCAACAUCCAGAACCGGAGGCUGAAGUUUGACCAGGAUCUGGAGUCUGUCUCAAGUGGACUCAACAGGCUUAAACGUCUCUCGAGGGCUUUUGAUGAGCUCAUCGGAAGAGAUGACAAGCGCACCACACCGGACAAGUGCGGCUGUUCGACAGCCUCGACGACGACAACAAUGACGACGAUAUUGAUGAGGAGGAAGUUGGACCCAAACGGGAAGCUCAGCUGCUCCAACCUGAGCCACCAAGCCUCGCGAAUGUCGGAGCGUUUUGGUGGCUGGGUCUGCGCCAUCCGCAAAUGAGGCCUUCGCUCAAUUUGUGUGACAUCGCGAAGGACCUUUCCUCUGUACAUAAGCCAUGUUACAGGAAACAAAGGUGUCACUGUGUUUGGUGGGAAACACAUUGAGUUGUGAUACCGCAACAUACUUGACAUUUUUUUUUCCUCCGAACUUGCCUAUUAGCAGUUGUGAUUGGUUUGGUUACUUGUGUCGCUAGGCUAAUUAUGGGUCAACUAUCCUAAAAUGUACUUGUGUUUUGUUUUUCCUCUAGCUGCUACAACCAAAUGUAUUAGUUAUGAUGUUUUUUUUUAAUAUAAUCACUAAUUUUUGCUAAAUUAGAAAUCUUGUUUGAAGGAAUAAGACCAAAACUGUAUCCGUAGAACUAACACUAAUAUGUAUGCAUUUGCAAUGUUAUUAAUACUGUAUUUGUAGACUUGUUUUAAACAUGUUUUACAUAUGAAUGUGCCUUUUUUAAAUACAUGUACGUUUUUCUACGCGUAUGUAUACCCCAGGGAGAUGCGGGAGCUUAUAAUGUGACCUGUGAGUGAUUUAUGUCGUCCACUCGUUUUGUGAUAUGCAAGACCCAUUGGGGGAUAAAGUGAGCCGAGUAUUUGCUCCUGAAAGCCUCCCUCGACCACCUUUCUCAUGACAGGAAGUGGGGAAACUUGUCAAAUGUGAAUUAAUUAAACUGUCAUUUAUAGUAAAACUACUUGUGUGAUAUAAUUU